AUGAUUAAGACAGCCGUGGUGGACAUCAUGUUCACCACCAGCACCAGCACCACCAUGAUCUCUGUCCUGCUGGCCAAGGUCAAAACCAUCUCCUACGACUCCUGCAUAUCAAGCAUGUACAUCUACCACCUGGGUGACAUCGAAGAGUUUCUGGCCCUGUCCCUGAUGGCUUUGGACCGAACCAUCGCUAUCAGCACCCCUCUUAGGUACCAUAUGAUGGUGACUCACAGGUCCAUGUUACAGCUGACGGGUGCUGCCUGGGGGUUUGCUGUGUUCCUGGUGUUGCUGGCUGUGUGCCUCAUCACCCGACUCUCCUUCUGUCGGUCUCUGGUGAUCAACAGCUACUUCUGUGACCACGGUCCCCUGUUCCGUCUGGCGGCCCCCUGUUCUGAUGUGGUCCCUAACAGAGUGAUGGCAUAUCUCAUCUCUAUUGUCCUCUUUUCCCCGAUGGUCUUCAUCAUAUCAUCAUACAUCUGUAUCACACACGCCCUGUUCACCAUCACACUGCCCCAGGACAGAGUCAGAGCCUUGAAGACGUGUACCUCACACCUGAUACUCGUAGCCAUAUUCUACCUGCCUAUUAAUUUCACAUACUUCCUUUACUCAAUCAUACCAACCAACGCCCGGAUCAUCAACCUCUGUCUGACCUCGGUGCUGCCGCCCAUGCUCAACCCCAUCAUAUAUGUUCUGAAGACAGAGGAGUUUAGGAAUCGGCCAAGAAGCUGCUUAGUAAAAGAGGAGCCCAGAGAGCUGUGGCGCCGGAGGUAA